GUGUUUAAAGUUGCUGCAACUUUAUAAGUAGUAUUUUGAUAUACUAAAAUUUAUUGUCUUUUUGUGACAGGAAAAUGACUACUUACAGUCAAGUGAAUGAUACUGCAACGACUGUGGAAGCAACUAAUAUUGCCACAACGAGUUGCACGAGUGCUCCACAUGCAAUGGCACCAGCGGAGAAACCCAAAAAAUUCACGAGUAUUGAUUUCAAAAAGUGGAAACAGAAGAUGUUCUUCUAUCAUACAACUUUAUGUCUUCAAUGAUUUACAUCUGAAGAAGCUCCAGAGGUGCCCGAAGGAACUUUGGACCAGGAAAAAUUUAUCGUUAUGGAGGCGUUGAAACACUCAGAUUUUCUAUGCAGGAAUUACAUUCUAAAUGGCCUCCAAGAUGAACUAUACAACGUGUAUAGUGGAAUGAAGACGGCAAAAGAGUUGUGGGGGCGCUGGAAAAAAAAAUACAAGACUAAGUAUGCAGGAACCAAGAAGUUCUUCGUUGCAAGAUUCCUAGAGUUUAAAAUGAUUGAAAACAAAUCUGUUGUAUCUCAAGUCCACAAACUGCAAGUAAUCAUUCACAAUCUCUUCGCAGAAGGUAUGGUUGUGAAUGAGACAUUUCAAGUCGGCAAUAAUAGAGAAGUUACCACCUACGUUGAAGGACUUCAAGAACUACUUGAAACAUAAGCAAAAAGAGAUGACCAUCGAAGACCGUAUAGUAAGAUUGCGCAUUGAAGAAGACAAUAAAAUCGUGAAAAGAAGGUCGAAAGAAAAUUCUGCAAUAACUAGAGCAAAUACUGUAGAAGACGACCACAACAACUCCAAAAAGUAGAAGAAAGCUAGACAGGAAAACAAUCAACCCAAGAAAAAAUUCAAGAAAAAAUGUUUUAACUGUGGAAAGAUUGGCCACAAUUCAACAGAUUGUUGUGACCCAAAGAAAGAGGAAAAAAAGAACCAAGAAAAUAUGGCUGAGUCCAAGAAAGAAAUGAAUAAUCUGGGUGCUAUGUAGUCUGAAUGUAACUUCGUGGGAAAUCCUCGAGAAUGGUGGAUAGAUUCUGGUGCCACCCAUCACGUUUGUGUAAAUAAGAAGUUGUUUGCUUCUUUUGCUCUGAUUCAAGGAAAAAUGAAGAUAUAUAUGGCCAACUCCAUAACAGCAAAAUUUGAAAGAACAAGAAAAGUCUUCCUGAAAAUGACCUCAGGCAAAGUGUUGACUUUGAACAAUGUCCUGUAUGUACCAGAGUUACGGAAGAACUUGAUUUCUGUAUCACUUCUUGACAAAAAUGAAUUCAAAUGUGUAUUUGUUUCUGAAAAAAUGUACUUAGUAAAGGAUAAGUGU